GGGAACGGGACCGACACCGGGACCGCGACUGACACCGGCACCGGCACCGGCACCGGGACCCCCCCCCGGGGCCGAGCGGGGCGGGCAGCGCGUGCGGGGCCGGGUCCUGGCGGCCUGGAACAGCGUCAAAUACGGUGGGAACGGGACCGGGAAUGGGACCGGGAUCGGGAUAACCGGGAACGGGAUCGGGAUACCGGGAACGAGAACGGGAACACCGGGAAUGGGAUACCGGGAACGGGAAUGGGACGCCGGGAUACGGGAAUGGGACACCGGGAAAGGGGUACUGGCCUCGGAGUUCCCGGGGUUCGGGGUUCCCGGGGUUCGGGUUCCCGGGGUUCGGUGCUCCCGGGAUCCGGGGCUCCCGGGGUCCCCUCUCAGCCCCGUUUCCCCCCCCAGGUUGGACGCUGCGGCCGCGGCCCCACUUCAGCCCCCGGACCCCCUGUACCUGCUGGGGAGGGUCUACGCACCGGGGCGCGGGGAGGAGCUGGCGCGGUUCCGGCGGGAUUUCUGCUCCCGGCUGUGGUUCACGUACCGGAGCGGGUUCCCCGCGCUGCCCGGGGCCGGGCGCAGCACCGACUGCGGCUGGGGCUGCACCCUGCGCAGCGCGCAGAUGCUGCUGGGCCAGGGGCUGCUGCUGCACCUGCUGGGCCGCGACUGGCUGUGGCCGGAGGCGCUGCGGGAACUGGAGCCGGGGGCGCCCCGCAGGAGCCGCGACCCCCCGGGACGGGCACGGGACCCCCGGGAUGGAGCGAGGGACCCCCGGGAUGGAGCGAGGGACCCCCCAGGACGGGUCCAGGACCCCCCGGGAUGGGCGCGAUCCCCCGCGAAUGGACAGGGACCCCCCAGGUGGACACGGAGUCCUCCGGGGAGACACGGGACCCCUCGGGACGGGCACGGGACCCCCCCGGGACAGCUCCGGGAUCCCCCGGGACAGCUCCGGGACCCCCCGGGACAGCUCCGGGACCCCUCGGGACAGCUCCGGGACCCCUCGGGACAGCUCCGGGAUCCCCCGGGACGGGCGCGGCCCCUCCCGGGCGCCCCCCGAGCCCCCCGGGACGCGGAGCAGCGGCACCGGGCCAUCGUGUCCUGGUUCUCCGAUCACCCCCGCGCCCCGUUCGGGAUCCACCGGCUCGUGGAGCUGGGCCGGGAGUUCGGCAAGAGCGCCGGGGACUGGUUCGGCCCGGCCAUCGCCGCCCACCUCCUGCGGGGGGCCGUGGAAUCCUGCACCGAGACCCGGCUCGCCGUCUACGUGGCCCAGGAUUGCACCGUUUACAAAGGGGACGUGGCCAGGUUGGUGCGGGGCGACCCUGAGAGGGGGACAGCGGCAUCGGGAACAACGGGAACAACGGGAACAACGGGAGCACCGGGAACACCGGGAACAGCGGGAACAGCGGGACCGGGAGCACCGGGACCGGGAGCACCGGGAACAGCGGGAACACCGGAAACAUCGGGAACACCGGGACCGGGAACAGCGGGAACAACGGGACCGGGAGCACCGGGAACACCGGGAGCGCCGGAGCCGGGACAGCGCCGCGGGCUCGUCCUGCUGGUGCCGGCGCGUUUGGGGGGCGAGAGCCUGAACCCCGUGUACGUGGAGUGUGUCAAGGAGCUGCUGCAGCUCCGCUCCUGUCUCGGCAUCAUCGGCGGAAAACCGCGGCACUCGCUACUCUACUUCCUCGGCUUCCAAGGUGAUUCCCUGCUCUACCUGGACCCGCACCUCUGCCAGCCCUGCGUGGACACGGCCCGGGAGAAUUUUCCCUCUGAGUCCUUCCACUGCUGCUUUCCGCGGAAAAUGUCCUUCGGGAAGAUGGAUCCCAGCUGCACCUUCGGCUUCUACGCCCGCGGGACGGAGCUGGAGCGGCUCUGGGGGGACCUGGCCCGGGUGCUGGCCGCCCCCUCGGCUCCGGAGCGUUAUCCCAUCUUCACGCUGGCCGAGGGUCGCGCCCAGGCCCUGGACGCCCCCCCCGGGCCCCCUCCCGCCCCCCGCCGGGGGAGGCGCCCCAAAAACCCCAACUCGGAGGAGUUCGUGCUGCUGUGAGCCCCCCGAAACCCCCGAACACUGGAGCAGCCCCGGGAGGCGCAGCCGCGGCUGGGGGGGGCCGCGGGCGCCUCCCCCCCCUCAAUUCGGGGCUGUUUUGGGUCACUACUGCCCCCCUCCCCAAUUCGGGACCCCUCCCC